CGAUCGAGUCAAGGCCUUUCCGGUUCGCGGUCAACUUGCGGACAAAACAGCUUGGUGUGUUUUGCAGAUCAUUGGUUUCCAUGAGGCAAUUGUAAGGCCACAAUGUCAACUGCACAAGGUGAAUUGUUCGUGAUUGGCGUGGAUGUGGGCGGGACCAACACCGAUGCUGUUUGUUUGCAAGGAAGUCAUGUCGUUGCCUCCAGUAAGGUGCCAACUACCGAGAACGUCACCGAUGGAUUGAAGCAGGCGCUGUCCAAUGUUAUUACCGAGUCAAGGCAGAGCUUGGGUAGAGAUGUUCCUGUUAGCCGCAUCAACAUCGGCACCACGCAUUUUGUCAAUGCCGUCAUCCAGAGGAAGGGCCUGACACCGGUUUCGGUCAUGAGGCUUUGUGGCACAUCCUCCCGCCUGAUGGAACCAUUUAUUGACUUCCCAUUGGAUCUCAAGCAGAUUGUGUGUGCCUCGAUUCAUAUGGUGAGUGGUGGGUACCAGUACAACGGGGAAGAGAUCACCCCAUUGGACGAAGACGAGAUCAUUGGCUGCAUCCAAACCAUCCGAGCCAAUGGCAUCAACAAUGUGGUUGUUUGUGGCAUCUUUUCUCCAGUGAAUCCUGCUCAAGAGUUGAAGGUUGCCGAGCUGUUUAGCGCCCACCACCCGUCGGCCAGUGUCACCCUAUCCCACCAGGUGGGCCAACUGAGCCUCCUGGAGCGGGAGAAUGCUUCUGUACUCAACGAGUGUCUCAAGCCCUUGUGUGCCCGGACUGUGGCCACGUUUGCCCACACCCUGGCAGAGCUGGGCCUGAAUUGCCCGUUCUUCCUGACCCAGAAUGACGGCACAGUAAUCAGUUCUGAUCAAGCAUUGAAGUUCCCUGUACACACAUUCUCUUCAGGACCAACUAACAGUAUGCGGGGAGCUGCCAAACUCUCAGGUGUUGGGGACGGCAUCGUUGUGGACAUCGGUGGCACUUCCUCCGACGUCGGCUUCCUACAGGGCGGUUUCCCCAAGGAGGCGUCGACCAAAGUCAAAGUGGGAGGAGUCAACACCAACUUCCAGAUGCCGGACGUUGUCUGCAAGGGGCUCGGAGGGGGGUCCCUCGUAAGAUUCUCUGAGGCAGAUGGACAAAUUACCUCGCUGACUGUCGGGCCGGACAGCGUCGGCUAUCUGCUCAGCAAGGAAGCCAAGAUCUUUGGUGGUCAGACAUUGACCGCCAGCGAUAUCGCAGUGGCGGCCGGAAUGGCCUCGUUUGGCGACCCUGCCAAGGUCGGCGGCUUGCCCAGUGACCUUGUCCAGAAAGCAGUGGACGAGAUACACGAUAUGCUGGAAGAUCUGAUCGACCAGGUCAAGUUGAGUGCUGCUGACGUGCCUGUGGUCAUCGUUGGUGGGGGGAGUAUCUUAGUGGAUGAGAAACGAGGACUGAAAGGAACGUCUAAAGUCAUCAAGCCACCACAUUAUCAGGUAGCGAAUGCAAUUGGGGCAGCCUUGAGCCAAGUCAGCGGUGUGUGGGACACUGUGGUCAGCCUGGACCGAAUGACCAGGGAGGAGGCUGUACAGGAAAUUAAGCAACAGGCCAAGCAGAUUGCCGUUGAGCGUGGUGCUCAGCCAGACAGUGUACAAAUCACAGAGGUGACGAUUGUACCCCUUGCCUACAUCACCAACAAUGCCACGCGCAUCAAGGUCAAAGCUGUGGGGGAUCUGACCGUGAAGGAUCCAACCGUGAGGGCUCAAGCAUCAGCGGGAAUAGCAUCUCAUGAGAUGGUAGAAGAUCACAAGCCUAUCAGUGAUUCCCAUACCGACAAGCCUGAAGCUAGGACUAGCCAAGAAACCACGAACCUGCCAGCCCCACCACCAUCGGAACCCACCCUUGCCUUGCCAGACCACCAGGUGGACCCGGCCACCGGUGAAUGGAUCCUAUCAGAGUUUGACGUGGAGUGUAUCGCCAUAGGGGCUGGUAUCUUAGGCUGCGGGGGAGGGGGAAGCCCCCAUCUAGGUCUGCUCAUCGCCCGUAAAGUACUGCAGGAGGGAAAAAAGAUAAGAGUCAUUGCUCCAGAGAGACUAGGACUUACCCCCGAACUGACCGGACUAGUGGUUCCAAUCGCCUUCAUGGGAGCUCCGGGGGUAUUCAUUGAGAAACUACAGGCUGGUUUUGAGUCCACCCGGGCAAUAGAAUGCAUACAGCAGGUGGCACAGGCUGCAUUUGGAGACAGGAUACCAGACAACAUAGAUGGUGUUCAAGUGAAGAGAGACAACGGUGUGGUUUAUGUUGAUGACUUUCCAAAGGUGGGGAGUGGUUCGACUCCCCCCUCACCCCCGGCAGGCUGUAAGGUGGUUGCCUUAAUGAGUGCUGAAAUAGGGGGCACUAAUGCCAUGGAGCCCUUAGCAACAGCGGCCAUGUUGGAUUUACCCGUCGUUGACUGUGAUGGAAUGGGCCGGGCCUUCCCAGAACUUCAGAUGAUUAUUCAUUCCAUUUAUGGUCAUCCAUUGUGCCCGAGUGGCUUAGUUGACGACAAGGGUCGUAGAGCGGUGACGUUUUCAGCCGAGAGCAACAAGCACUUGGAAAACCACUUCAGGGCCGUUGCAGCUGAUAUGGGCUGCCAAGGCGCCCUUGCCAUCGCCCCACUCAGCCCAGAGAUUGUCAAGAAGCACACUAUUCACUACUCAGUCAGCCGAGCCUGUCAGCUCGGCCGUGCUGUCUUGCAGGCCAAGAGAGACAAGUCAUCACCCAUUGAGGUCAUCCUGAAGCAUGAGAAUGGCAAGUUGCUGAUCACUGGCAAGAUCUGUGAUUUGUCGAGAGUCAUCACAGGUGGUUUCGCCCGUGGGAAGCUGAUAGUGGAAGGAACAGGGCCAGAGUACAACGGCCAAGAGCUGGAGAUUGAGUUUCAGAACGAGAACCUGGUGGCAAGACGCAUCAGCAAGGACCACAGCGAGGUCGUAGCGACGACCCCUGACCUCAUCAGUAUCGUGGACGCCGACCUGGGUCAUCCGAUCAGCACGGAGGAGCUUCGUUACGGUCUGCGCGUUGCAGUCUUGGUGCUGGCCUCGCCGCCAUUGCUACGCAGCCAGAGGGCGCUGUCUGUGGUUGGCCCACGCGCCUUUGGCUACGAUCUUGAGUUUACGCCCAGAGCUGACAUGGCCGAGUAUGUUCUGAACGCUCCGAUACCACCACUUCCCUGAAAGUAUCAACCAAAGUGGGAGACGUUUCCCACAGUGGCUGCAUUUUUUAAGCAACAAAGACACUUUGACAGAUAAUAGUUGAACUUUUGCAAGGUGAAGUCUUGAGCAAGAAAUCUCAAUUGUGAGUUUGUGACAGUUCUUUUCAGAAUCUUACAAACUCACAAAAGUGAUUUUUGUCACUUGGUGAAACCGCAAACAUACUCUUUUUGUACACUUUAACAGAACCGUAUGAUGAGAAGAAACAGCAGCAAAUAAUUAUACUACUGAACUUCACGCUAAAGUACAUCUUCAGCUGUUAAAACAAAAUCUGCAAUAUGUUUUUUUAAAUUUUUUUUUAGGUCUCUUAUGUUUUACUGUUUUAAAUAUAUAUAUUUUUAUGGAUACUAUAUGUAACGUUUUACUGAUUGCACAUAGGAGAUCAUAUCUCAUGUAAUUUUUUACGUGACUAAUAAAACGAAUCUUGAAUCUUGAA